AUGCGGACCUUUACACAGCGCUUCAAAAGACAGUCGACAUCGGCGAGCCACUCGCCGCCGCAGCAGCAGCAGCAGCCGGCGUUUCCCUCCGGGAUCAAGCUCCUCCACAAUCCCGCGGAGGGCGAGAACGCGAAAGUCGACAUCGUCUUCGUGCACGGCCUCACCGGCGACCGCGAGCGCACUUGGACCGCCAGGGGCGCCGAGGCCCCCUGGCCGCAGACCCUCCUCCCCCCGGCGCUGCUCCCGACGGCCGCCCGCGUCCUCACUUUCGGCUAUGACGCCUACGUGGCCGACAUCCGCGGCAUGGUCUCGGAGAACCGGGUCGGCAACCACGGUUCUAAACUUCUGACCUCCUUGGCAUCGUACCGCGAAGAUGAUUGCACAAACGAGCGGCCUGUAAUCUUCGUCUGCCACAGUCUGGGGGGGUUGGUCUGCCAGGACGCUCUGGUGCAGGCUCGGGAGCGGUCUGAGGCGCAUCUCCGACGCGUCCUGCUCUGCACUUUUGGCAUAGCGCUCCUGGGCACGCCGAACCAGGGAUCCGGGCUUGCCCGGUGGGCCGAGCUCCUGGCGCGCAAGUUGGGCGUCCUGAAGCAGACCAACAGCCAGAUCGUGGGCGUCCUGCGCCGAGACUCGGAGGUGCUGGCACGGAUACAGGGGAGCUUCCAGUCCAUGCUGAAGGCCCGGCGGGAAGAGCUUGGUCUGCGCGAUAUCGAAAUCGUAUGCUUCUACGAGGAGCUCCCGCUGCCGGGAGUGGGACUGGUCGUCCUGCCGCAGUCAGCCAGCCUGCCAGGUCACAUCGCGGUUGGGAUACAUGCCAAACACAAGGACAUUGCGAGAUUUGGCAAUGGCGAUGAUCCGGGUUUUGUGGCGGUUGCCCAGGAGUUGCGUCGGUGGGUGAGAGAGAUUGAUCUCACCGAGAGAGAUGUGUUGAUGAUACCCAACGGUCAUAACAACAGUAGCCAGGGUGGAGCCGACAAGCAGUUGGCUUCUCGUGAUUCCUGUGUGCCUUUCCUCGUGCCCUUCACCAGCAAUCCAGACUUUGUUGGUCGUCAGGGAAUUCUCGAACAACUGAGAGACAAGCUCGGCUACCUAGCACCUCGAACGAAGAAUACAUGGCAGCCGAAAGCAGCUCUGUUUGGUCUGGGUGGCAUUGGCAAAACCCAGAUCGCACUCACCUUCUUAUACUGGGUUCGAGAGACGUAUCCAGACGUCUCGAUCUUUUGGGUUCACGCCAGCACGGCCGAGCGGUUCAAGCAAGCCUACGUCUCCAUCGCAGAGGCCUGUCAUACUCCUGGAUGCGGCGAUCCCACAGGCGACAUGCCAUCAUUGGUCAAGAGAUGGCUCCAAGGAAAGGAUAGUGGUCCCUGGAUCAUGGUCAUUGAUAAUGCAGACGACGAGAAUGUGUUCUCUCCCAAUUCAGCAGAGCCGGGAAAUCAAGGAAACCUAAUGGCGCAGUACAUACCUGAAUGUGCCCAUGGAGCUAUCCUCGUUACGACCAGAAACAAGCAAGUGGGUUCCAGACUGGUCAAGGGCAAGUCGCUGAUCGAGGUCGGCCCCAUGGACGAAAUCGAAUCCAACGAGCUCCUGCGAGCUUUCAGUGAACGAGCAGGAGAUCAAGAUUCGCUAACUGAGUACUCGACGUUAUCAGCUCAACUUGAACACCUGCCGCUCGCUCUGGUUCAAGCGGCGGCGUUCAUGCAGGAGAAGAGCAUAUCGGUGACCCAAUACCUCGACCUCCUGAAAAAAAGUGAUCAGCACCUUCUGGAAUUGUUGAGCGAAGAGUUUGAUACGGUCGGUCGGGAACUCGGAACCCCGCGCGCUGUCGCGCAGACGUUCAUACUGUCGUUCGAGCAGAUCCGGAAGAAUGACCACUAUGCUAGCGAUAUCCUCUCUGUAAUGAGCCUCCUCGACCGUCAGGUCAUACCAUGGGCGUUUCUUGACGCCUUCGAUCGGAGGCACAGCCCGUGUAAAGAAGCGCAUGUGAGCGACCUAUGUCUCACUAAGGCCCUCGGUAUUCUGAAGGCGUUCUCUUUGAUCAGUGACGACAGUGGCGGCGAUGGCAGGCAGACUUUCACCAUGCACAGGCUCGUCCAGCUGGCGACGCGCAAGUGGCUCACUCGGAGCCAGCAGUCGCUACGAAACUUCGAGGAGCGCGCCAUUGUCGCCAUGGCAGAGAUCUAUUCUUUCAACAAGUACGACCUAUCUGGAACGUGCCGUGCGUACCUUCCACAUGCUCUAGCGGUUCUAGAGCUGGUGGGCAGCGAAAGGUUGAAUGAGACGAAGGCGAGGGUAGAUAUACUGGUUGAAAUUUCUUGGCUCUUUUUGUCCCAUGGACAAGUCGAGAGAGCGGAAUAUUACACUCUUAAAGCACAGAGUAUCUCCCACGCGCUACCAGACUCGGAGCUUUUGAAUGUUCACAACACUCUAGCCAAAGUGCUAGAUUCAAGAGGCAGGCGGAAAGAAGCUACUCUGGCACAAGAGAAGGUUUGCGAGUUCUACAAGAAGUCAUACGGAGAACAACACGACUUAACCCUGAUUCAACUAGCAUUCUUAGCAUUAUACUAUCACAAGUCAGGGUCACACCAAAUGUCUCGGGAACUUGCAAAAAGUUGCCAAAGUGCAGCAGCAAGAUCCCUCGAAGAGAAACAUCCCACAACACUCGAUCUCAUGGAUCUUCUGGCGAACAUAUAUAUGAAACAAGGACUACGCGAUGAUGCGGUGGCCCUCUCAUCGCGAAUGUUAGAGCUGAGGAAGGAGGUUCUUGGCGAGCAAGACGCCCAGACGCUCUUCAGCAUGGGCCAACUUGUCGACAUGCAUAUAGAGAACCGCAAAUUGGGCGAGGCCCUCGAUCUGGGAGAAAAGCUGGUGCGACUUUGCCCGCAAGUCUUUGGAGAAGGGCAUGUCGUGACAAUGCAGUCCAGGCGCCGGUUAGGGACUAUUCUCUUACAGCUAGGACGCCAGCAAGAGGCCGCGUCUCUGUUGAAGGAGGUGAUGACCUCGAGCAUAGAGAUGAUGGGUCCAGAACAUCCAGAAACUCUCUCCUGCGCCCAUAUCCUCGGCCUAGCACUGUGUGACCUUGGUCGCAUUAAAGAGGCCGAGUUACUCAUUUUUCGAGCGCUGCAGGGCAUAAAGAAGUACGGGGGUCAGGAACAUCCAAACACACUGUUAUUAAAGUGGAACCUCGCCAUCAUCCUGCAGGACCAGGGGCGGCGCUUCGAGGCCAUUACCAUGAUGAGGGACUGUGUCGAUGGCCGUAAAAGAGUGCUUGGUCGAGCUCAUCCUGAUACACGAAGGUCAAUAUUUGCAUUGGCCGACUGGGAAAUGGCAUGGAGGCGGAUUCAUGUCUAUCAGCGGUAUAGGGUAAAGUACAAUGACCACCCUGGUAUUAGAGAUUUCUCUUUUGCCAGUGUGCCUCAGGUGGAUGUGCCACAGCCAUCCGACAUCAGAGGGGGCAGGUCCUCCAAGGACAACCCCAGGGCAAAUUUAGUAUAUGGAGCUAUCUCCCUCUUAGAGGGUUUAUAA